AUCUGGCUCGAAAUACCCCCGUUACGCUGCAUUUUCUUCGCAUCCAUGGAGUCGUGAAACCAUCCUUAAUUUCUGAAAACGACUCCCGCUUGUUAAUUAGUCAAUCAAGCACUAAUUUCUGGGCUCUUAACUGUUCGCAAGCAAUUCAAUGGCUUCGACCGUGGCUAAUGCGCCCAUUACUGUCAGAACGGUAAAGCGUUUGGAUUGCCAGAAUUACGUUGGUCUUAAAGCACCCACAAGUUUUAAGCUCAACAACGCCCGCACUGCAGCGAAGCCUCAACCUUCACGCCUUUUUGUCGCAAGAUCAAGCGAGCACCAAAACGUUCCGGGGUCGAUAAAGAAGCUGGGGCUGAGCGAUGCUGAAUGCGAAGCUGCAGUUGUGGCAGGAAACAUCCCGGAGGCGCCUCCGGUGCCCCCUAAACCGGCACCCCCAGCUGGAACUCCGGUGGUCCCUUCGCUUCCACUUCAAAGGCGUCCUCGUCGUAAUCGUAAGUCCGCAUCACUCAGAGCUUCUUUUCAGGAAACAAAUAUAUCACCUGCGAAUUUGGUGUACCCGCUCUUCAUUCAUGAAGGUCAGGAGGACACACCAAUAGGGGCUAUGCCUGGAUGCUAUAGGCUUGGUUGGAGACAUGGACUUGUCGAAGAGGUGGCUAAGGCAAGGGAUGUUGGUGUUAAUAGUAUUGUGCUCUUCCCCAAAAUUCCUGAUGCUUUGAAGUCUCCAACAGGAGAUGAGGCAUACAAUGACAACGGUUUAGUUCCUCGAGCAAUACGUCUGCUGAAGGAUAAAUUCCCUGAUCUUGUUAUCUAUACGGAUGUUGCGUUAGAUCCUUAUUCUUCCGAUGGGCAUGAUGGUAUAGUCAGAGAAGAUGGAGUUAUUAUGAAUGACGAGACAGUUCAUCAAUUAUGUAAACAAGCUGUAGCCCAGGCCCGUGCUGGAGCCGAUGUAGUCAGUCCUAGUGAUAUGAUGGAUGGACGUGUAGGAGCACUGCGGGCAGCUCUUGAUGCUGAAGGAUUUCAGCAUGUUUCUAUAAUGUCUUAUACAGCAAAGUAUGCUAGCUCAUUUUAUGGUCCCUUCAGAGAAGCGCUGGACUCUAACCCUCGGUUUGGGGAUAAAAAGACUUACCAGAUGAAUCCCGCAAAUUACAGAGAGGCUUUAACUGAGAUGCGGGAAGAUGAAUCUGAAGGAGCAGAUAUCCUCUUGGUGAAGCCUGGUCUUCCUUAUUUGGAUAUCAUAAGGUUGCUGAGGGAUAAUUCUCCUUUGCCAAUUGCAGCUUAUCAGGUUUCCGGUGAGUACUCAAUGAUAAAAGCUGGUGGUGCUCUUAAAAUGAUUGAUGAAGAAAGAGUUAUGAUGGAAUCGUUGCUAUGCUUCCGGCGGGCCGGUGCUGAUAUCAUCCUUACAUAUUUUGCUCUACAAGCUGCUAGAUGCUUGUGUGGAGAGAAGAGGUAGAAGUCUUUAAAUGUUUUGGACAUUGUCCAUUGUAGAAGACUGAAAAGCUUGAAGCAUUUAAAUUGGAUGGCGUUUCAAAUCGGGUUGUAUUUGGUCAACAAUGAAGUGCAUCUUUGGAAUUAG